AGCCAGCAGCUUUGGGAUUUCUUCAGAGUCCGCUUUCCUCUUUAGCGAGGAGAGAGACCUGUUUGGUGGCUAACGUACCUCAUUUGCAAAACCAGUUGUCAUUUUUGUGUACAUUUCCUGGGAUUAACACGUUGUUGUGUGUCUUUUUAUAUGAACCAAUGUUUGGGGAUUUUUAAGAAGUUUGCUUUUUUUUACAAGCGUUGGGAUUUUACAAGUUGACUGUCAAACUCCAAAUGAGCGCCUUCCAGGGGAAGACUCGCAUAGAGGAAUCGUAGCAGCCGAAGGACCCACGCGCACGACAUGGGCAAACUGCAAUCGAAGCACGCCUGCAAACGGCGAGAAAAUCCCGAGGGAGACAGCUUCGUAGUAAACGCAUACAUUGCUCGCAGAGGCUUGGACGACGGUGACAGCAGAUAUGACGCCAAAGUGAGAGAUGCUGAGGCCUUGAUGAAUGGCGAGAUGAAGAAUGGUCAUUUUCUGGAGGAGCAGUGCCCCCUAGAGGUGGCCUUGCCUAGUGAAAAAGCAGAGGGUUGUGAAGGACGCAUUCAGUUUGUUCAUCAAGAAGAAGGUGAGAAACUUGCAACUAAGGACCACAGCAAGGUGUCGUCAAAGAAAAGGAUCAACUUGGAUGAGCUGGAAUGUGAUGUUUCUUUGGAAGGUGACAACCGUCAAGAAUGGACUUUUACUCUUUAUGACUUUGACAACAGUGGAAUUGUAACUAAAGAGGAUAUGUCCAGUUUGAUGCACACAAUCUAUGAAGUGGUUGAUGCCUCUGUGAACCAUUCAUCUAGCAACAGUAAAACUCUCCGUGUGAAGUUGACUGUUACUCCUGAGCCAUGCAGCAAGAAGAAAGAGAUUACAGCAGCAGGACAAGAUCGAGAAGGAAGCCGUUGCAGAAAUGAAGCUGACCACCAUGAAGAUGGCCGGAAUGUGGAUAAAAGGCUUUCUGCACAUAUCAGAAAAAAUGCUUGUGAUCAGCCUCCAAGCAAUGACCGGGACUAUUACUGUGUGGAUGAGAAUACAGAAAGAAGGAAUCACUAUCUAGAUCUGGCAGGAAUAGAGAACUACACUUCCAGAUUUGAAACUGCUUUCCCAUCUUCAAACACAAGACCAGAACCUCAUUGGAAAACAACUCAAAGUAGGUGUCGCUCUCAAGAGUCUGACGUUCCCAGCAAUCUUCAGCGGCAAUCACAGGUGCUUGGUGACUACCCCCAGCAAGCUGGAGAGAUGCUGACUCGUGUUAUGGAUGUACCGUCUAGGAGCAAGACCCAGGAGAAGCAAUUUUUAAGAGCUUCCAAAAGCUUGUCAAAAGCCGCUGGUGCAUCAGGAGGAAACACUAGCAGUAAGAUGAGCAAAGGCUACCAUUACUAUUUGCCUCCCCAGACAACUGCAGCAGGGCAGGAUGUGUACCAUCUUCAGCCACAGCCGCCACCACCAGCACCACAAAUGCAACAGCACAGUCACAAAAAGUACAGACAGAAGGUCAGAGAUGGCCAUUCUCCAAUGAAAGCAGCUCUGCCUCAACCCACUGUGAUCGAGCACGAGAUGAAACGGGAUCUACCACCUGUGCUUACUAAUGAUGGUUAUGUGAUACCAGUCAUCCAGAGACAUGAGCAUCACCACCAUCAUGAGCAUCACCACCAUCAUCACUACCACCAUUAUCACCAGUCAUGACUGUGUGCUCAGCAUGCUUUUCAGGCUCUUUCAUAACCUAUCCUAGGUGUGCAACGCAUUGAAGUCCAAAUGAUUCCUGUGUUUUGUAGGUGGAGAGGUGAAGCCAGAAAGCGAUGCUCAUAUGUAAAACUUUCUCCUCAAGUAUGAAUCUCAGGUGAAACAUGCAGCUUGUAAGCUACACUGCAAAGGUGGCUCGGUGAGCACAUGCCCGACUGCAUUGUGUUGUGCUGGCAGGUGACCCGAUCACCUUGGAGUUUCAAGCAAUCACUACACCACUGCCAUUUCUAAAUGCAAAUCUAUAUCUAAAUAUAUAUAUAUAUAUAUAAAAUAUAAAUCUAUAUUACAGUGCCUUUUAUAUAUUUGAAUAAACACUUAUUUGAUUAUUAACAAUGUAGCAUGGCUAAUUGUUUACUAUUGUAUUUUAUCCUCUGGUUCCUUACUAUUUGCCGUUCAUGCUCCUUGGAUCUUUGAUUCCCUCAAUUUGAAAUUUAAAUCUAGAGUAUGAAACGUAUUCUAUGACUGUAGUCAAAGAAUGUAUUGCAGUGUUUUCUUUUAACUUCUAUUAUUUAUUCCUUACGAAUGCAUGGGACUUCUGUAUCCUUGUAUAGUAUGCACACUAAAUGCACUUCUCUGCCAGACCUUUACAUAUUUGAGAUUUACAAUUCAUUGUCAUUUCACACCCUGUGGCAGCACACAUUUCCUCAGAUGAACAAAGUCCAAUAAAAUUAAUGUGAGACUCAGAAAAAGUAACUGGGUUUACUGACAAUAUAAAAUGCAUUUAAUGAGGAUCUAGAAUAUGUUAGAGAUGUUCCAGAAAGAUUCAUAUUUUAUUAAACUAUAUCAAUAUGUAUAUAAUAGGAAUGAAACAAUACAUGCAUUUUUUUAAGCUGCUUUCACCUUUGCAUUUUUCAGAAUUAAAAUCAGUAGUGUUUGACCCACAGUUGGCUGUAAUACAAAGUGGCAGAGUCUAAUUUGAACUUCAGGUAAUGUAGCUUUCAGUUUUAAAGCAGUGUCCUUAAUUGAAUAGUGUUUGUAUAAAGCAAAGAAACUCCAGUGAGAGCAGCAAUUUCAAGUCGUGUGCAAGCAAGUCAAGGAGAAUAUACUACUCAGAGAAAUCACAAGUGUUAGUGACCAAUCCAAAAACAACAUUUUGGACAAAACCCUGCGUUUCAGAUUUAUUUUACUGGCUUUCCACCAUUUCAAAUUCAAAUGCACAACUGCUCUUUUAACUUUAAGGGCAGAAUAUUGAGUGUGUUUCAGCUCUGCUCCAUUCACAUGAUACUAACUUAUACAAUUAGGAUACCUUACUUUUUAACUUUUUUUUUUUAAUUAAAAGAAAAGAUAUGAGGACUACGCUUCUGAGCAUACCUGUUAGUUAAUCAGUAGAAAGGUACAUAUAAGUGCCUGUUGGUACAUCCAAGAAUCUAAGUGUCUGUUACCUCCUAGCACACGGAUUCAGAACUUGAUUUUGGUGCCCUUAUUUAUGUAGCUGUUCCUUUUCAUUCCAACCAAUUCAUUAAUAGGGGACCCUGCUUGUUGCCAGACUAAAACCUUAACUGAAUACUUCUUAAAUUAAUUUUUAUAUUUUUAAUGUGUCAGUCCAGGAAUACCCAAAGACUUAAUUUUAUUAUUUAAGGGAUUUGUUUUCCAAAACUUCCUUUCAAAGGUUUUGAUCUUGUUCUGUUCAAAAUAUUUAUUAUCAUAUCAUCUGUUUGGUGUGUAUAGAGGAAUAUUUUGGAAAAAAAUAAAUAUGUAAAAAUCAAUAAAUGUUUUGUGAAAUUUGACAAAUAAAUUAAAGCAAACUAUUUGAGUCUAAAUAAUUACCAUGAAAUGUUUUUCUUGCUUACCACUUUCUGUAUUUAUUUUUCAUUGGUUUUCAGUGGCACUGUGUGCAACAUGUAGUACAAAAUGAAAUGAAAACAGACAUUGUCACCUGUCAAAGCCGAGCGGGUGGACUCUAGCGAGUACUGUGUUUUGAUUGAUGAAUCCGUAUCAGUAGAGUGUUGUACCGUGUUAGCCAUAGAUUGAUACAGGAGAAAGUAGGGUGAAAUGUCACCUUUUAUUGGCUCACUAAAUAGACUACAAAUGCAUGCUUUCGAGGCAGCUAAGGCCCCUUCACCAGGUAGGUGAAGUGGCAGUUCAAAGUUGUGAUGAAUGCGUGCAAGAAAAAGAUGUCUAUAAUGACUGUGCAAAGUGGCUACUUUAAUUCAGAAAGCUGGGAAUUCAUCAUCUGGAUGAGUUUUGAUUUGUGAAUUAUUGAAAGAGUGGACUUAAAUCUUUGGCCAUGAAGUGCUAUGUUUGAAGACAGAUACCCCACUUCACAUCUGGACUCCUGAGAGAAUUACAAAGUCGGGGCUUCUUGAAUUCGUGUAUCUUCUUCAUGCAGUAAUUCUGGUCACCUUUUUCUUGCACUUGUGUCCACCAUGAAUGUGCACAAUCACAACUUUUAACAUAUGCUUUGCUGGCGUUGGGAAUCCUUUGGCUUAUAGAAUUGUACAAAGAUUGUGAGUUGAGUUCACUUUCUCAUCUCUGACAGGUGAGGAUAACAGUGUUCACUUCACUGGAUAAAUCAUGUUAUUUACAGUGUCACUGAAACAAAGACAGGAAGAAAUUAUAAAAUAAGAACAUAAACAAAUAAGCAGCAAAAACAUUUAAUUAUUUAUGCCCAAACAUUAAUGUGGUUUUAUUUAUUUGAUGUCACAUUUCACAAUACAUGUAUUUCUUUGCAUAUUUAAUUUUUUAUUUUGACCAAACAUUUCCACCAUGGAAGAAGAGCAGACAGGCGCAAAAGAAAUGUAAAGAACAACUUGUGACAUGUUCUCAUCAUCAGUGGCUCAGCUUGUUUGCUGUGUAAUUUUGAAGAAAAAUACCAAAAAAAUAUCAAAGAGGCUCAAUAUUUAUAAGAGUGUGGUUUCAUAAUUUGUAAUAAUGGAACAUGCCGUGGUACGGGGGCAAAAUUUGGGCCCAGUCACCAUUUGUGUUAGGUUUGUACAUUCUUUACAAAUAUGUUUUGAGUUUUCUAAGCAAUGUCCAGUUCUGUCCUUCUUCCCUAAAAUGCUCAUAUUAAGAUAAUUGGAGAUUCUAAAAUGACUGGAUAUGAGUGAGUCUGUGCUUGAGGGUGCAUUGUGAUGGAAUGGCAUACUGCUCUGUACUCGAUGCUACUUAGAUGGGCCCUUCUCGUUAAAACCUCAUUUUGAUAUAAGUCAGUGCACCCUGCGUGCUUUAGCUGUGAUAUCAGUAUGUUGAGCUUUGCAUCUUUCUAUCCUUCCACAUUUUAAAUAAAUACUCCACCCAAAAUUGAAAUUUUUAUAUAUGUUGCUUACUUGUUUGUAGCGAUGGCUGGAAGUAAAAAACGUAAUCGCAUGUUUUCAUGUAGAAUGAGAGAAAAACGUUUAUUAUAUACUGGACAUAAUUGGCGGCCUAUUCUAUCCAAUGGCAAAGUAUGAAAAAUGUUUCUGGAAAACAAAAUUCUCACAUUACUCGUGUUUCAUAAUCUGCAUGUCUAUUCCAGUCGAAUGGUCAAAACAUGAAAAAAGCAUGCAUUUUUUGCUUAAAUAUUACUAAUACUUAUUUCUGGAAAAAACAGGAAAGGUGCAUUCCUAUAUUUCUGUGCUUUUGAACCAAAGGCCUGUCCCCCUCACUUCAUUCAUUGGUCAGAAGUCCUGUCUUCAAUUCAAAAACACAGAAUUUUCAAAAUGCACAUUUUAACUUUAUGUUCUAUGCUGGUUUUUCUAGAAGUGUUAAUAAUAUUUAAGCAAAAAAUGCAUGUUUUGAGCAUUCAACGAGAUACCAGACAUGUGGAUUAUGUGACACAAGUUCCAUGAGAAUUUUUUCUUUUUCCAUUGAAAAUUUUCACAUCAUUUUCAGUUGGAAUAAACAAGUUGCCUUUACAUUCAAUUAUAUCAUAAACUUUUUUCUCUUGUUCUGCAAGAAAAUAUGAGAUUAUAUUUUUUAUUGACCAUCUCUACAAACUACAUUAGGUAAGUAACAUAUAAAAAAUAUAUGUAGUUUUAGGGUGGAGUAUUCCUUUAAUUUGAGUGAUGGAACAAAGCAAUGCAUUCCGAAUUUGUUUUAAAUGUGGAUGAGGCCUAAUACUGACUACAGAGUAAAGUCACAAACAAUUUGAUUGUCAAAGGGAAUGAGUGCGUCAGUAAGAUAUUGUGUGAAAUAUAAACCAUCGUGUGCAAGAGACACUCGAUCAAAGUCUGUGAAUUAUAGUAACGACCAGACGAAAAAAGAAAAGGUGAAUAAAGCUAGUAACACAAUGCACUGUGAAUGAGUAUGCUAGACACGUUUUCUUUGUUAUGUGCAUCUUCUGUUAGAGAGCCAGAGUACACUGUGGGGUAUGGGAAUGGGAGGUCCGGCUCUCCGUGUCCAAUUAUAUGGAAUCUGGCUGCCUACCUCCUUGCCGUGUCACACGCAUCUGCACCCUUUGGCCAUUUCCAGACAUUCUGUUGCAUUGUGUUUCAUUCAGGUUAGAAACUGUGUUUACAAGAAAAGAAAUGUGUGUGUGUGUGUAUAUACAAACACAAACACUUUUAUAAAUAUAUAUAUAUAUAUAUAUAUAUAUAUGUACACAAGUGAGAACAAGCAUUUAUGGUAAACCAUAAAGAAGUGAUAUUGUGUGAAUCUUUGUAAAAGUUUAAUUUUAUCGCACACUUGAGUUCUAGAACCCUCUUGAUGCAAAAAUGAAUGGGCCAAGCCGCUGUGUCCAUGUGGCAUGUGCUGCGGUGCCAAAUCACGGUGACACAAUUCAGUGUUAUGCUCUAAAGUGCACAUUAUCUGCAAGCAAGGUAUUAUAAGCAGAAAUGUUAUGUAUGUGUUUUAGUCGUCGUUCUUAAACGUUUGUAGGAACUUGUUCGCUUUCACUUAACAUAAAAUUUAUAUUUUGUCAAGGUGAGUCGUGCCUGUGUACUUUUCUGAAAGAAUUUAUAUAUGAAAUAACUAACUGUGGUAACUUGUGGAAUAUAAAAAAUGUUGUGCCAUUUUAUUCAUAUGUAAAUGUUAACAGUAUUUCAAGAGGCUCAAGUUGAGAGUCUGUAAAUCUGCAUCAAGAUCCAUCAAUGGAUGGUUCACUGUAUUCCAAAUGUUCACAUUCCAGGCGUGGUUUUUGAAUUUGUUGUGUCUUAAUUGUAUUGUUUUCAUAAGACAGUAUUCUUUCAAAAACUAUACUAUGCUAGUCCAAAAAGUAGUCAUUUUUGUAUUGUAGUGUUAUUUUUGUAAAAAAAAAAAGUUCAAAAAAUCCAACACCAACGACAUUUUUUAAAAAGUAUGUGAUUUCAGUUAAAUUUUGUAUAGCCUUGCACAUGGAUUUUAAUAAAGGACUUAUUUAUUUA